AUAUAUAAACUUAAUAUAGUGUAAUUUUCUUCAAAAUUAUGAAUAUAAAUGAUAUUUAUAAAAUUUUAGAUCAAAUAAAUAAAUAAAAAUAUUAUUAAAAAAAAAAUAAUAAUUAAAAAAAAUAGAUUAGGCGGCCGCUUAGGCGGUUAGGCGGCCGCCUAAGCGGCUAGGCAGUCAUUUGGGCGGUCUAGGCGGAGAAAAUCGGAUAUCCAAUUUUUUUAACCGACUUGUCAUAAAUCGGGGUGGAAGAAUGACGCGUAGGGCCCAGGCGACCGAUUUUUAGAACAUGGUAUAAUUGUUGUGAAAAGUCAAUAAAAAGUUGCUCUAUUAGUUUUAUUAUCCAUAUAUAUAUAUAUUUUUUUAAAGUUCCUUAUGCAAGUCGUUAUAAUGUAUCAAUAAAAUGACAUUCUGACAAGAGUAAAAGGAGAAAUGGUGGUGGUAUACCAAUCGGCAAUGAAAAAACCGAUUCAUGUCACCCAGGAAGAAAAGACUUGUUUCUUUCUUAGGUAGUCUGCUUUAAUCGGAAACUAAGGCAAUCAGUUUUCUUAUCCGUCCAUGGAUUCCUCGUCCUUAUUCUUGUCAACUCGAGUCAGGAGGUAUGAUGUCUUCCUCAGCUUCCGAGGGGAAGACACUCGGCGCAACAUUGUCAGCCAUUUGUACAAAGCUCUGUCUCACGAGGGCAUCUUUACUUUUAAAGACGAUCGGAUGCUCGAGGCAGGUGACAACAUUUCAGACCAACUCAUUGAAGCCAUUAGAACUUCGUGGUUUGCUGUUGUAGUCAUCUCAGAGAACUAUGCUACCUCAAAAUGGUGCUUGGAGGAGCUUCGCUUGAUAAUGGAGCUUCAUGGUGCCAAUUAUAUUCAAGUCGUUCCUAUGUUCUAUGGAGUCGAACCUACGGACGUGAGAAACCAGACAGGAAGCUUCGCGGCUUCGUUUCAAAAUUUCGAAGAUACAGCGCCGGAGAGGGUUUCCCAGUGGAGAAGAGCUCUCAACCAAGUCGGUCAUCUCUCAGGCUUUCAUUCCACGACAUGGCUGGAUGAGGCAGAAUUGGUAGACAAGAUAGUUCAAAGUGUCUCAAGUGGACUCCUUAGGAUAAGGCCGAUCAGUGACGUCAAUUUAGUUGGGAUCGAAGCACACAUGGUGAAGAUGCAUUUCCUUUUGAAUAUGGGGUCUAAAAAUGAGGUUAUCAUGAUAGGAAUAUGGGGCAUGGGAGGUGUAGGCAAAACCACCAUUGCCAAGUGUCUCUAUGAACGAUUUUCAAAUCAAUUUCCAGCUCAUUAUUUCAUAGAAGACAUUAAGGACAAGAGACCAUCCUACUUGCAGGAAAAAUUCCUCUUUAGCAUCACUGGUCAACAUAUUGAUUUACAGAGGGUUGUAUCAGGAUCACAAGAAAUAAAGGCAAGACUCGAGCACCAGAAAGUACUUCUGGUGCUUGAUGGUGUGGAUAAAGUAAGGCAGAUGCAUGCACUCGCAAAAGAGACGAGCUGGUUUGGUCAAGGGAGCCGAAUCAUCAUAACCACACAUGACAGGGGUUUGCUUACUUCCUGUGGAGUAAACCAUAUACAUGAAGUUAAGUGCUUGGACGAUAAGGAUGCCCUCCAAGUAUUUAAAAAAUCAGUCUUUGGAGGAAAAAGUCCUCCUUCUGGUGAAUUUGAGCAACUCUUCAUCAGAGCCUCGCUGCUGGCUCACGGCCUUCCAUCUGCCCUUGUGGCUUACGCCUCACAUCUUAGUGAAAACACUACCAUAGAGAGGUGGGAAGAUGAAUUACGUCUCCUUGAAACAUCGCCUCACAAGAAUGUGGUGGAUAUCCUGAGAAAUAGCUAUGAUGGUUUAGAUAAUAAUGACAAGAUUGCUUUCCUUCAUGUUGCAUGUCUCCUGAACGGAUACCCUUUCAGCCAUGUCACUUCUCUUCUUGAUGCUGGUUCUUCUCGGAUACAUCACUUAAGGAAAAAGUCCAUGAUCAGCAUAUCAACAAAUGGAUGCAUAAACAUGCACUUCUUGGUCGUACAAACAGGCAAGGAAAUUGUGCGCCAAGAAUGUAAGAAUAGACCUUUCAGACAAAGGUUCCUAUGGGAUGCUGACGAUAUCUAUAACAUCCUGGAUAACAAAAUAGGUACAGACGAAACUGAAGGGUUGAUACUACACAUGUGUAAGAUGCGUGAUACGUUAACUAUGAGCAAUACAGUAUUUGAAGCUAUGCAUAGUAUCAAGUUUCUCAAGUUCUUCCACCACUUGAGUGAUAUAAAGCCCAACUUGCAGCUCAAGUCAGAUGGAUUUUAUUUUCCCCCGGAUCUUAGGCUACUACAUUGGGAUGCAUGUCCGUUGAAAACCUUACCAUCCAGGUUCAGACACCACUACCUUGUUGAAGUCAAUCUCCGAUACAGCAACCUUAAGAGCCUUUGGGAUGACACGUUGAUCCUUCAUAAUCUACAGAGACUAGAUGUGACAGGCUCGAAGAAUCUGAUAGAACUUCCAAAUCUUUCAACAGCCAGGAACUUUGAGGAGUUGAUUGUAAGAGGGUGCAAGAAGCUACAGAAAAUUCCAGAGUCCCUAAAAGGGUUACUUCAGCUCACAAAACUAAACGCAAGCCACUGCGAUAGCCUUACGAGUUUCUCGUUCAAAGUUGACUACAUCCUGAGUGGCGACAACUGGGAAGUAUUACUAAAAUUUCCGGAUGAGACAGUGACUAUGGGUUAUCUUGAAGAUCUAUCAAUCGACGGUCAAAUACACUUAGUAUCAAUGGACCUUAGCGGGUUUACCGACCAUAUCUCCUUUACUUUCAAACAACAUAUCCCGGAUGAAUUUUUGAUGAUGAAAGAGAGCACAUCUCAUCAUCUAAUGUCAGAUUCCGAGGGCUUACAUUCACUCAACAUCAAGAAGUUCAGGUACAGAGAGUCCAAUGCUGCUUUCAGCUGUAAAAGCUUUUUAGCCUUUGCCAAUUUAACAGAGCUUAAGCUGGUCAACUUGAACACUAGAAAAAUCCCAGAAGACAUUAAUAGCUUGCUAACCCUAGAGAAACUGGACCUUAGUGGAAAUGAUUUUGUGUCUCUACCCGCAACCAUGGGAGAACUGCCCAAGUUGAAAUAUCUCAGCCUUCAAAACUGCCGCAGAAUCAAAUCACUGCCACAACUUGCUCAGGUGGAGACGCUCAUACUUUCUGACUGUGUGAAACUCAGAUCGUUGUUGAAACUUCAUGUUGAGGAAGCAUGGGCCACAAGGUACUGCUUGCUUGAGCUUUGGCUCGACAACUGCAAGCAUAUUGAAACAUUGUCAGGACAACUAACUCAUUUCACCAAGUUAGCAUAUUUAGACCUCAGCAGGAAUAAUUUCUUGAGACUGCCUCAAAGUAUUAGGGAGCUUUCAUCCUUGGAAACUCUCUACCUCAACAACUGCAAGAAACUCAUAUCAGUGGAGGAUCUUCCACAUAGCGUCAAGUAUCUCUAUGCACACGGCUGCGAUUCCCUGGAAACAAUUUCCAUUUCCACAAAUCACUCGAUCAAACACCUCGAUCUUUCCACUUGCCCCCGCCUGAAACGACUAGAACACGAGCAUCUAAUGGAUCUGUUAAUAAAUGAUGCACAUAUUCAAGAGGUAAGCUUACUGCAAUCGACCUGUUUUGUUUCUUUUCAGAUCCAUCUGUUUUUAUGUUAUGAUUGCACAAUCUUUCUUUCGUAGGGUUCACAUCGAUGUGCUUUCUUACCUGAAACUGGAGGUUUCAGUGACUCUGGUAAUGAAACCAGUCAGACAUCCAACAAACGUAGCCGAACUAGAAUUUUUUUUCGGUCUCUCGGAUCAGUGUUUAGUUGAUCACUAUUCUUCCGUUUGAAGCUAGAAGAUGGUGUGUAAAAAAAAAUCAUUAUCAUCAAAACACCUUGACCUUAGCCAUUGUUUCAGUCUGCAACAAGAUGCCCAUCUCCUUUCUCACAUGAGUGACAUAAACACUGAGAAAAUCAAUGAGUUGCGACACGAAUUUCAUCUUAAACUUCCAGAGGAGUUUCAGAUUCAACCAGCUGAGAUAACAGUAUGUGGAGUUUGUAUGAUCAGUGAUAACUAUAGAAGUUAAUUUGUAUAUUUUCGGUUUGGUUUUAUUUUCGUAUCAAAGCAAACUUAACCAGCGGUGGGACAUUCCCGAAUGUCAAGACAACUAACACUCUCGUUGAAUUGCUGUUCACGUCUAACGCUUUGGAAGUGAAUGCAUUGGAGACACCAGAGGUUAUUAGGUCAACUGGAAAUGAUACAUUGGAGACUGAGGAAGAGGAAGAGGAAGCGAUUACAUCACAUCACAUGGUUAUCAUCCAAGUCGUAAGUAGCAUACACACGGAGAUAAUCGAAGAGUUGCGAUCUGAAUCCCAUCUUCAA